CUUACUGAUGCCUGAUGAGCAUAGAAUGGAGAUCUCUUGCUCAACAUCUUUCGGAAGUAUCAUUGUUGUGAUGCUGCGCACGACAUUGUUGUUCUGAAUGAUCAUUGCGUCGAGACUCAUCAUUUAAGUGUCUGUUCCUUGGUCCCUGCGCAAACGCUCUACUGUUCUGUCAAACAAGUCGAACGGCAAGAUGAAGGAAUCCGCAUACCGUCUGACGAAGUUCACGUCUACGCUGAUGUGCUCUCUAGAUCAGUCGAACCGCACAAUAAUAAUCGCGGAAGCGGGUACGCUUGGCGGCGUGCAGAAUGUCACGAGUGAUGGCUCUCACUCUGGGCAGAGCGGUGGGCAAGAGACGUCCAACUUGACCAAGUCUGCGAUUCUAGCAACAGUAUCCGUUGUGGCGGCGGCGUGUUUCCUCAUCGUUCUCGGACGCUAUGUAUUCUACAAGGCUCGCAGAAACUCUACGUCGAUGCCAGACCUAGGAGCACCCCUCCUUUCCGAAGUCGUUUUGAAUUUUUGCCCUGAUGACGUGGACCGCGAACCCCGCUGGAGGGUACUGCAGCCGGUGUGCGCACGAUACCUUCACAAAGCCUCAUCGCUGAAAAGAGGAAGAUACCAACAAAUGCAGCAUACAUCCCUGUUCGACAGAUGGAAGAUACAAAAUGAGCAGACAGCAGUAGGGAAAGGGGAUGUUGUCGAGGUAGUUGUCAUCGUUACUAUGCCCACCCCCUCGAUGAAAGUGCAUGCGGAGGAACAGCCAGCAUCUGAGGGGUGUUGGCCGGAUGUGUGCCUGGGUGUCCAGCCGACGAGAAUUCUGAAGUGAAGAUAAUUAAGCUUGCAUGGCUUCUCGUUCGUUCAUGUCGGAUAUAGAAGGAGGUUGGAUGAAUGCUUCUGAUACAAUCCGGACUGUAUGCGUUCGAAUCUCAUCUUU